UCCUAGAGGGGCCACAAGCGUCUUCCCACUCUCCGUCGCGUGAAGAGGAAGCGUCCUGGCAACGCCCACAAAUCACUUCCGGGUGGCGGCAGUGAGUUUACCCCGGAAGUGGAUGCUUUGUAGCGCGGAGGGCCUGUUUUUCGCUGGCUUGAGAAGAAGAAUAGAAGGAGAUAAAACGGAAGCCGAGAGGCGGCAGCUGUUGCCUUUUCUCCUGGGUCGUUUUGAAGCACAAGAUCGUCAGCCAUGGAUUUCCAGCACCGCCCGGGAGGGAAAACCGGGAGUGGCGGCGUUGCCUCUGCCUCAGAGAGUAACAGAGAUCGCAGGGAGAGGCUGCGGCAGCUGGCCUUGGAAACUAUCGAUAUCAACAAGGAUCCCUAUUUCAUGAAAAACCAUUUGGGCUCCUACGAAUGCAAGCUUUGUCUGACGUUGCACAACAACGAGGGAAGCUACUUGGCACACACCCAGGGGAAAAAGCAUCAGACCAAUUUAGCUCGCCGAGCUGCAAAAGAGGCAAAGGAAGCCCCUGCCCAGCCCGCCCCUGAGAAGGUGAAGGUCGAGGUGAAGAAGUUUGUGAAAAUUGGCCGGCCGGGUUACAAAGUGACCAAACAGAGGGAUCCAGAGACAUGCCAGCAGAGCCUCCUCUUCCAGAUUGAUUACCCGGAGAUCGCCGAAAGCAUCAUGCCGAGGCAUCGCUUUAUGUCGGCGUACGAGCAAAGGAUCGAGCCCCCCGAUCGGCGCUGGCAGUACCUCCUGAUGGCCGCCGAACCCUACGAGACCAUUGCUUUCAAGGUGCCGAGCCGAGAAAUCGACAAAGCCGAGGGCAAGUUCUGGACCCACUGGAACCGAGAAACGAAGCAGUUCUUCCUUCAAUUUCAUUUCAAGAUGGAGAAGCCCCCAGCUCCCCAAAGCAUCCCCACCGGACCAGCGACCGUCAAGAGGCCCCCGCCACCGCCCCUCAUGAACGGCCUGCCCCCCCGCCCCCCGCUCCCGGAUUCCCUCCCCCCGCCUCCCCCUGGGGGGAUGGGCAUGCCCCCCAUGCCUCCUCCUGCCGGCCCUGUCCCCAUGCCCCCGGGGCCCCCUCAGCUCCCCCCUGCCCCCGGUGUCCCUCCCCCCGCUCCCAUGCCCCCCAUGCUGAGGCCCCCUCUCCCCACAGAAGGGCCCGGGAGCAUCCCUCCGCCACCCCCCACCAGUUGAAAAAAGCUCUCCCGUUUCCCGGACUCUUCAUCUUCCAGCACCGUUUUGCAACGCCUGUUUUGGGGCGUGUGUCUAUUUUUUUAUUUUUAAGCACACCCGUUUGGAUUCUUGUCACUUCAUUAAAAAAAGGACUUCCUUUUC